GUAAGCAACACACUUUGAUAGAAAAGACAGUUUUUCUAAUACUAUGUUUUACUUUAACAGCAGAAAUUUUACUUACUCUUGGCCCCUCAGGUCCUUAGAGAUAUGCUCGACAUAUUAAACGUGGUAACGUUUGUGAAUGAGUUUAGAAUGAGAGAAACCACUUAAUAUGCUCUAAUGACAUAACUACUUUGAAAGUAAAACAAGUCCCACGGAGUCUGUGGCCAAGCUGGCAUUUGGCGAGCACACGAAAUCUGAUCAGACAUGCGUGGUGCUCGCUCAGAUUCUUAGCUCUUCGAUGCCAUAUUGACAAUUCAUAUUGUCAUAUUCUGAACCGGACGGGAUUUCUUCAGGCUCAAUCCCAGUAUACAAUGCCAACCAUGAGGUAACAGUCGCCUAGACACUACAAGUCCCGGCAUGCCGCGCUCCCCACCAAGCUCCAUAGUGGUGGUCAUGAGGGGGCGCCGUUGCAUUCUGGGAGUUGUAGUCGCCCGGAGGCGGGCCCCGCCCCUUUUACGGCUUUGGCGGCCUACGUUGAGAGAAAAGCCAACGCGGUGGUAAGCUAGGCCGGAGAGCCGAACUGCCCUAAAACCUUCGCCCUGGGACGCGGGUGGCCAGCUUCGCUGCUUCUCUAGUCUUUUCUACCACCCAAGAUGGCGGCGGAGGUGGAUUUCGGCGACCUAGAGCUGUUCGAGGCGUUUGACCCUCAGGAGGAGUCGACCCCGAAGCCGGUUCACACUCGCUUCAAGGAAGACGAUGGCGACGAGGAAGAAGACCACCGGGUGGACGACGCGGCGCUGCGGCAGCGGCUUCAGCAGUGCGAGGAGACCAUCGAGCGUCUCCGCGCCGAGAAUCAAGAACUUAAAAGAAAGUUGAACAUUCUGACUCUACCCAGUGGACUAAUGGUGAAUAACCCUAAGUUAGAUGGCCCUUUAUUACAAAUUCUGUUCAUGAACAAUACUAUUUCAAAGCAGUAUCAUCCAGAAAUAGAGGAAUUUGUAUCAAGUUUAGUAAAAAGAUUUGAGGAACAACAAAAAAAUGAUGUGGAAAAGACUUCCUUUACUCUUUUGCCCCAGCCAUCCAGUAUUGUGUUAGAAGAGGACCAUAAAGUUGAAGAAUCCUGUACUAUUAAAAGCAACAAGGAAGCUUUUAGUGUUGUAGGAAGUGUCCUGUAUUUUACUAAUUUUUGUCUUGAUAAAUUGGGGCAACCGCUACUAAAUGAAAAUCCUCAGCUUACCGAAGGAUGGGAAAUACCCAAGUACCAGCAAGUCUUCAGCCACAUUGUUUCUCUAGAAGGGCAAGAAAUACAAGUAAAGGCAAAAAGGCCAAAACCUCACUGUUUCAAUUGUGGUUCUGAAGAGCAUCAAAUGAAAGAUUGUCCAAUGCCUCGGAAUGCUGCUCGAAUAAGUGAAAAGAGAAAAGAAUACAUGGAUGCCUGUGGGGAGACAAACAGUCAGAAUUUUCAGCAGCGAUACCAUGCAGAAGAGGUAGAAGAAAGAUUUGGAAGAUUCAAACCAGGAGUUAUUAGUGAGGAACUUCAAGAUGCACUAGGUGUGACAGACAAGAGUCUUCCUCCUUUUAUCUAUCGGAUGCGCCAGCUUGGAUACCCACCUGGAUGGCUCAAAGAAGCCGAACUGGAGAAUUCAGGGCUUGCACUCUAUGAUGGCAAAGAUGAUGCUGAUGGAGAAACAGAAGCUGGAGAAGUGCAACAGAAUAAGAAUGUCACUUAUGAUCUCUCAAAAUUGGUAAACUAUCCAGGCUUUAAUACAUCUACUCCCAGAGGAAUUCCAGAUGAAUGGAGGAUAUUUGGUUCCAUACCAAUGCAGGCAUGUCAACAGAAGGAUGUGUUUGCCAAUUACCUUACUUCUAACUUCCAAUCGCCAAGCAUGCGGCCUAGCAGUAAGCGAUCCUCAUCUCAGUCCAGCCCUAGUAGUCCCAAGAAGCAGAGGAAGGAAGGAAGUUUGGCAGCCUCCCCUGCUGAUAUGGAUCUUGACUCAGAUAUGGAGGUGCCACAUGGUUCUCAGAGCAGUGAAGCUUUUCGGUUUCAGCCACCAUUGCCUCCCGGCACACCUCCUGUCUUCACCCCUCCACUCCCCAAGGGCACCCCACCACUGACUCCCAGUGACUCACCCCAGACCCGGCCUGCGUCUGCAGCCAUGGACGAGGAUGCCCUGACAUUGGAGGAACUUGAGGAACAGCAGAGGCAGAUCUGGGCAGCUCUGGAGCAGGCAGACAGCAUGAACAGCGACUCGGAUAUUCCUGUGGACACACCUUUAACUGGGAAUUCAGUGGCCUCAUCACCUGGUCCAAAUGAGCUGGACCUCCCCGCCCCUGAGGGGAAUGCCUCUACAAAGCCAGUGCUAGAUGAGCCCCAGGAACCUGACUCUUGUACAAAGACAGCCGAGGCUGAGCAUCCCCCAAGCCCAGCUUCUGAGGCCACGCUGCUUUGUCAGAAGGAAGGAAAAGAAUCCACAGAUGCCAACUGUCAGAAGGAAGAAGAAUCUGCAGAUACCGACUCCAACAGUGCCCUUCUUGGUAACAACAGUGUCGAGUCAGGCUGUGAAAUCAGGAAUGGAGGCAGCCAGAAGCUCCUGCCUGUGAACCCACAUCCUGCAAAAACUCACAGCCCUGUACCUGACAUGAGCAAGUUUGCAACUGGAAUAACACCAUUUGAAUUUGAGAAUAUGGCAGAAUCUACUGGAAUGUAUCUCAGGAUAAGAAGCUUGCUAAAGAACUCCCCCCGGAAUCAGCAAAAAAACAAAAAGACUUCUGAGUAACUGCUUACCAUAGCAGUGAGUGCCCUGGAAUGAUCUACAGCCUUGUGUUCGAUUAUUUAGUAUUAAGUGGACAUAUAAAAUUGUUUUCCUAUUUGUCCCUCUCACCUUCAAGAAUCUAUCCAAGGCUUGAUUGUGGUCUCCAGUGAAGCCUCUCUUUUAAAGAAGAAAAGACAGAGCUUGGAGUUGCUGUUUUAUUCUGGCUGAGCUCUACCCUGGGGGUUGUCUAUAGGAGACGCUUUAGCUUUAGCGAUACUUAAGUUGUCCUCUAAAGAUUUGGGCAUUGUGUCUGUCAAGAAUGAUGUUUUUUAAUCUGUCUUUUGUACAUUGUUUUCCCUUUCUACAUUUUGCUAAUGAUCCUGUAUAUAAGUUUAAUAUAUCGCUUUUUAAAAGAAAAAAUUCUAACCAUUUUAUAUUCACAUUUCAACUGCAACCAAAUGAAAACAAAUGAGGGGUGAGCAGCUUUAUUCCACAUGAAGUAUUUUUGUAAAGUUUACAUGUCAAUUUUAAUAACAGUGUUUUUGUAAAAACUUGAUUCUUCAAGUCAGCUUACUAUACAGGUAUGCUCAUCUUUGUGUACAGAGGUUUAAUAAAUUAGUUUUCAUAUA